AUGGAUUUACCUCCAGACCCUCGCCUAAAAGUUCCAUCCUAUAGUCGCGACGAGACUAUCGCGGCUGUGAUGGACUACUACCAAUUCCUUACCAAAAUGCCCUUCCUGGAGCCAAGCGACAUCCUCUACCCACCACCAGAGGGGUGGCCACAGAUCACCAAGGAGAGGCUCGCCAAGAAGAGCGAUGAAGUAAUUGAGCUACUGCGUCACCUGCCCUACGUGGAUUCUCGGCGCGAAGUUUGGCAAAUUAUGCCUGAUUCAAGACCAUGCGAUUAUGUCAACAAGCAACCGAAGGACUACAAGCCUUGUACCCCUGGGGAUUUUGAAUUCCCGCCAUGGGUGAUCAAUUUGACAUUUGGGGGUCGCUAUGGCAAGUCUUUGAUGUUUGACACUACUGAUGGUAUGGCCCUUGAAUGCUAUUUGCCCUUGAUCUUUAGUAUUUCGCUUUAG